GAAACCAGCGUGCGGAUCUGCGCUGAUUCCUCUCACCGUGGGCUCAGAGAACACGCAGUGUUUGAAGGUGGAAGUAACUUUUAUCCCGCAGAGAAGAGUUCUAACGCACCCGGGGACGCACAUCUGGUCUGAACAGGCGCGGUAUCGACCGUAAAACCAUGUCGGCCUCAUCGGCGAAAGUGAGCAGGAAGGAGAACUCGAACCACGACGGAGCGGACGAGACCUCUGAAAAAGAGCAACAGGAAGCAAUCGAACAUAUUGAUGAAGUCCAGAACGAAAUCGACAGACUGAACGAACAAGCGAGUGAAGAAAUUUUAAAAGUAGAGCAACAGUUCAACAAAUUACGUCAGCCAUAUUUUCAGAAGCGAUCAGAACUCAUAGCCAAAAUCCCAAACUUCUGGGUCACAACAUUCGUCAACCAUCCACAAGUUUCAGCUCUUUUGGGCGAGGAGGAUGAAGAGGCGCUUCAUUAUCUGUCGAAGGUGGAGGUCACUGAGUUCGAGGACAUAAAGUCUGGAUACAGAAUAGAUUUUUUUUUCGACGAGAACCCGUACUUCGAGAACAAGUCCCUCUCCAAAGAGUUUAACGUGAACGAGAGCGGGGAUCCCGUUUCCAAAUCCAGUGAAAUCAAGUGGAAAGCCGGAAAGGACCUGACGAAGCGCACGGGUCAGACGCCAAACAAAGCCGGGAAGAAGCGGCAGCACGAGGAGCCCGAGAGCUUCUUCACCUGGUUCACCGACCACUCAGACGCAGGCGCUGAUGAGCUGGGAGAAGUCAUCAAGGACGACAUCUGGCCCAACCCACUGCAGUACUACCUGGUCCCCGACAUGGAAGACGAGGAAGGCGACGGUGAUGACGACGACGAUGAAGAGGAGGGUCUUGAGGACAUUGAUGAGGGAGAGGAAGAGGAAGGUGAAGACGACGAUGAAGACGGUGACGGAGAAGAUGGAGAGGACGAUGGCGAUGAAGACUAACCCUCUUUGCUGACUCUGUCCCCGUCCUCCUGCGAUCGUCCUUCAACUCAUCGGAACAAAACACUUUGAUUUAGGGAGGGGGAGGGGUUUAGGGCAUUUGUAAAAAACGAAAACACAAAAACAGGCUCUCUUCUUCUUUUUUUCUUCUUUGUUUUUUUUGCCGUGUGUCGUCAGGCUGUCCGUCCUCUUCCUCUGCGGUCAAACGUCUGAAGACCAGCGCCACACGCCCACUGCUCCUGCGGUGGCGGCUCGGCGAGUCUCACCCCGUCAUCAUUUCUCUUCAUCUCCCAAAGACAUGCAAAAGAAUAAAAAAUGGAAAAAAAAAUGUUUGUAGCAUUCUGCACGUCAUCCUACGUAGAUUUAAAAUACGUACAAUAGCAAUUUUUAUGUAAGAUAGGAAAUGACCAUUUCUGUUGAAGUUGUGAGUUCAAUAAAAAUAAGCCAUGGUGCAGUGAUAACUCAAUCAUAGCAUCCUUAGCCACUUUUAUAUAUAAAUGUAUAUUAUAAUAUAUCCAGUGGUGGGGCAUCAGGCUUAUUAGAGGUUUGAUUUUUCUUUUUCUGUUUUGUUUGUGACUCAUGUUUCUAAUGGAACUGAUUGAAAGCACCAGCUCGUUCCUUUCUUUCAACUGUUGUAAAUGUUUUUGGGAUAAACAUGUAACCUUGGUAAACGACCGUUAAUAACUACACACAGUUUAACAGUUUCUGUUAAAUAAACUUUUUUUUUUUCCUUUUCCAGGCGCCAACAGCAAACUUUUUAAUUGUACAUUUUUUUUUUUUAUUAAAAACAAAAAACUAAAAUGUAAUUUUGGGCUUUGUUAACAUUUUUGAGACGGGAGAGAUUAUGAUUCUCUCGCUCCACUGGAAACCUGUUCACGUUAAAUUAAGUGUAACCAGUUGCUUUGUUACAAUAAAUAAAUGUGUACAUGAUUGUUUGGA